CUCUAAGCAAAGUAAUAGAUUGAUAGGUUGCUAUAUUUUACCUGUUGACUAGUCCGCGAUUGCAUAUCCUAUUCGAGACCCAUGUUCCAGUCAAUACCCGGGCCAGCCUCCCUAGGCCAUUUGAAGACAGUUGCUAGAUGAACUGGCUAUAUAUACUCGGCUAGUGUCAGUUGUGACACAUCAUAGCUGCGCUUCUUGGACAGGCAACCGUGCAGCCUCUAACGACAUGAUGCGCCGGAUGUUGUUAUCGCUAAUACGCCUGGCAUGGUUCUCACAAGCUUCAACUUGUGUGACCCGGCAGGCAGAUUGGAAGAUUGGUCAGGUCGUCGCAACAUCGAGCGGACCUGUAACUGGCCAUGAUGCAGGAAACAGUACAGGAGUAUCCGAAUAUCUGGGUAUUCCGUAUGCGCAGCCUCCAGUGGGUGAGUUGCGCUUUCAGCCGCCAGUCGCCUACAAGAACAACUCCACUAUCAGUGGUGCCAGUUUCGGUGACGUGUGUAUGGCGCUGGCUUCGUUUGCUGGCCUUCCAGUUCUCAAGAGGCGAGGAGUUCAGAAGCGGGAAGGGACACUUACACCUGACGCACUGGCCAUUAUACAAGGGUAUUCUGCAGGGAUUCCACCAAUCAACGAGGACUGCCUGACUAUAAAUGUAUGGACAAAGCCUCAGGUCGGUGAGGAAAAGAAAGCUGUAUUGGUCUGGAUUCAUGGCGGCGGUUACACUAGUGGGAGUUCAGCUGUCCCGUUCUAUAAUGGCAAGAAGAUCGCAGAAGAGCAGGACCUGGUCAUUGUGUCUUUUAACUAUCGUCUCAACAUAUUUGGCUUUCCUGGUUCCGAAACUUACCCAGCCUACAAUGUCGGUCUUCUGGAUCAACGUCUCGCUAUUGAAUGGGUGAGAGACAAUAUUGCCAAUUUUGGAGGUGACCCUGCGCGGAUCACAAUCGUUGGGCAAUCAGCUGGCGGUGGUUCAGUUGGCUAUCACAGCUAUGCAUUCACUGAUGACCCAAUCGUGUCUGGCUAUGUUCUCGAAAGUGCUGUAACUCUAAAUGCAUCCAGUCCUGGGGGUGCGUUGGCAUCUUGGGUAAAUGCUGCCAAAGCUGUUGGUUGCGAUACAGCGGAGAGCCCUGAUCGAUGCAUGCAGCUCGAAGUCUCAGCCGAGGCCCUCCUGGAUGCAUCCGGUCAGUAUCGCUUCGGCCCUACUAUAGACGGUAGUGUUGUGUUCGCUGACUAUACUACCCGAAAACCCAACCCAGGCGCUGUGCUAGUUGGUCAUAAUGACUUCGAGCCCGGACUCCAACGACCUCUUUCGCCGACGCUGCCGGAUGCCUACUGGCAGCAAGCGGAGUUGUCCUUCACUUGUCCUGCCGCGGAGAGAGCUGCUUACUAUGCACUCAAUGGCAACCCGACAUGGAGGUAUCGCUGGUUUGGUGAUUGGGGUAACCUGAGACUGGCCAUCAACCCAUCCAGUGGUGCUUGGCAUGGCUCCGAAAUCAUGCCAUUAUUUGAUACAAUACCGCAGACAGUCAGUGUCAGCACGCCUGAAGAGACGAGUGUAGCGGCGUACCUUCGCGGUGCCUGGGCGGCGUUUGCCAAGAACCCGAUUGGUGGGCUUAGUGAUUAUGAAGGUGGUUGGCCGCAGUACAGCACGGAUGGUGACUCAUUGGUCAGACUGGCAUACAACAAUAUCACCGGAACAAAUUUGGCUCCAGGUAAUUAUUACGACAACGGUUGUCCAGAGUAUCCGGUCGUUGGGGGUACGUAAGGUCAUUGGGAUAGGCAACAUUUGUAUUAUUAAUAUUAACUUCAUGACUGAUAGCAAUACAACUUAGGCCUUAUUUUUAUUGCUGGGGGGUAUCAAGUAUUGGUCUGCACUGGUGGGCUUACACUGAAUGGCCAAGCUUUAUCCCUUCCGGCACCCAUUCGGAAGCAA